UGUACCUUCCUUUAGAGAGGGAACAAAGGGACAGUAAUGGCGGGUGGAGGAUUACCAGAUGGAGGACCAGGCAAAAGGGCUCAUCUUUAUGAACACAACUACACUCACUAUUUCGCUUUCACUUGCAUCGUUGGAGCUCUUGGUGGUUCUCUUUUUGGCUAUGAUCUCGGUGUUUCAGGUGGGGUGACUUCAAUGGAUGAUUUCCUGAUAAAAUUCUUCCCAAAAGUGUACAGAAGGAAGCACAUGCAUCUGAAUGAGACGGACUACUGUAAAUAUGACGACCAAGUGCUGACACUGUUCACAUCAUCUCUUUAUUUCUCAGCACUGGUUAUGACAUUUUUUGCUUCCCACUUAACAAGAAAGAAGGGAAGAAAGGCCAGUAUCAUAGUGGGAGCCCUUAGCUUCCUGGCUGGAGCAGCCCUCAAUGCAGGUGCCCAGAACAUUGCAAUGCUAAUUGUUGGCAGGAUCUUUCUUGGCGGAGGCAUUGGGUUUGGUAACCAAGCUGUUCCCUUGUAUCUCUCGGAAAUGGCUCCAGCUAAAAACAGAGGAGCAGUGAACCAACUGUUUCAGUUCACAACCUGUGCUGGAAUCUUAAUUGCAAACUUAGUGAAUUAUUUUACUGCUAAAGUCCAUCCCCAUGGAUGGAGAAUAUCACUGGGUUUGGCCGGUGUUCCUGCAAUUCUAAUGUUUUUUGGAGGUAUUUUUUGUGCCGAGACACCUAACAGCCUUGUGGAACAAGGAAAACUCGAUGAAGCAAGAAAGGUAUUGGAGAGAGUAAGAGGUACCAAGAACGUUGAUGCUGAAUUUGAAGAUCUUAAAGAUGCCAGUGAAGAAGCACAAGCCGUGAAGAGCCCGUUUAGGACACUCCUCAAGAGGAAGUACAGGCCUCAACUAAUCAUAGGCGCCUUGGGAAUUCCAGCAUUCCAGCAGCUAACCGGCAAUAACUCCAUCCUCUUCUAUGCCCCUGUCAUUUUCCAGAGUUUGGGAUUUGGCGCCAAUGCAUCUCUGUUUUCUUCUUUUAUUACCAAUGGAGCUCUCCUUGUUGCCACAGUCAUCUCGAUGUUUUUAGUUGACAAGUUCGGUAGAAGAAAAUUCUUUCUGGAAGCUGGUUUUGAAAUGAUACUCUGCAUGAUUGCUACGGCUGUGGUUUUGGCUCUGGACUUUGGACAUGGCAAAGAACUUUCGAGAGGCAUCAGUGUCUUUCUUGUUCUAGUGAUUUUCUUAUUCGUUUUGGCAUAUGGAAGAUCUUGGGGUCCCCUGGGGUGGUUAGUUCCCAGUGAGCUAUUCCCAUUAGAGAUAAGGUCAGCUGCACAGAGUAUUGUGGUCUGCGUCAACAUGAUAUUCACUGCGCUCGUUGCACAACUGUUCCUCUUGUCACUUUGCCACCUUAAAUAUGGAAUCUUCUUGCUGUUUGGUGGCUUAAUUGUCAUCAUGAGCUGCUUCGUCCUCUUCCUCUUGCCGGAAACAAAGAAAGUUCCAAUUGAGGAGAUUUAUCUUCUUUUCGAAAACCAUUGGUUCUGGAAGAACAUUGUAGGACAGAGGGCGGGCCAAGACAAAGUAUCAUCAAUCGGAAAGCCAGCAGCUGUUUAAGAUUCUCAACAAAACAGAUUGAACAAGUCUUUUUUUUUUUUUUUUAACAAAGGAAGGAGAGGGGGGGGGGAGGGGGGGGGUUAAAUUGUUUCAUGCUUCCAUUAUAAAAAACAAAUAAAUGGAUUAUAAUAUUUCUUUUUUUUAAGUAUAGACAGUUGCUUUUAUAUGUAUUGAAUCUCUUUUCGUCAACAAUCAGA